AUGGCGGUCUCCAACAUCACGGCAGCGGUAGAUAUUACAGUGGGUCACCAAUAUCAAGGAAUCAAUAUGACAGUUCUCAGUAUCAUCCAGGCUGCACUCCUCGGGGUCUGUUUGGUGAUGAUUCUGAUCAGUAACACCAUCACCAUAGUGAUACUAACCAAGGUCAAGAAUUGCUUCGAAGACAUGCAACAGCUCGUAUUCAAAGCGCUUGCCAUCACGGAUGUCUUCACAGGCGUUUUCUGUUGCGGAAUGAGCAUUAUGACCAUUGUCAUUGGGGAUGGGCAGUGGUUUUCGUCGGCGUUGUGCGCUUUGAGAGGGGUCGCCUGCACGGGUUUGGUGAACCUUUCAGCCCUCUUGAUCGCAUUUGCCUGCAUUGAUCGGUUCGUUGCGGUUGUCUACCCACUACACUACUUCUCCCUCGUCUCAAUAGAACGCGCCAGGAUCACCAUAGUCAUCCUGAUCGGGAUUGCUAUCUCAAAUGGAGGUUUGAGUUUGCUCCGGGGAAGAACAGUCGCUCGGGAGAACUUGUGUCUGUCCGAUUUUUCUUCCGAGCGGCUUGCCUUCCGACCAAGUCUCGUCACCAGCCUUCUCCUGAGUGGUUUAUCUCUCACCAUCGCCACUGUCACCAAUAUCAAGGUCAUGAUGAUUGCUUCAGGGCAGUCUAAACGUUCUGCAAAGGUCAUUCCAAGUGAAGGAAUUGCCUGUAAUGAAGCCAUCAUCAAGACCCCUCGAGGAAGCCUCAAAGGCCUUUGUGUCCUUGUGGUCACCACCAUUGCAUUCUUUAUGGCGAUUUUCCCCUGGAGUAUAGUCUCGGCUUCGCAGUUCAGCAAGAAGAGCACUAUCGCAACACCUAUGGCUAGAUACGUGACCAGUCUGUUUGUGAUCUCAAAAGGCUGGAUGAACGCCUUGAUAUUUGUCACUUUGAACAAAAGAUUCAGAAGAGAAACCAAGGCAGUUGUGUUUGGCAGCCACCGUGAUGAUCAGGGGAACUCAACUACUCAACCUUAG